UAAUCUUCUUCGAAGAUUAUUUCAAAGUUAUUUAACUAUUGUGUCAGACUAAAUGGGUGACAUUAUCGGCCACAAAGAUAGGCAAAUAUGGUCGCCCUCUCAUGUUCUCCAAGAUCCCUUGUUUGAUCACUCCAACAAACAUCAGCUGCAUAAAUCCCUCAAGAACAACAAUUACCACCAUCAUGGCAGCGGUAGAUUCCAUCGACCUGGUGCACCUCCUCACAAAGAAACUUUUCCGUUGAAGUAUAAUACAAGACAAAAGCAGCAAAACAAUUGGCAAAGGAGUAAAGGAGAGGACCGAAUGCAAGCAUUUUUCUUGGUUUCGCCGGGCCGUACGACUUCUGGUACCGGAGUUUUUCUUCCGGCCACUGCAUCUCAUCCGCCAACCAACAAACCAGCUUGCUCGCCGGUGCUUCUCCCAGCACGGGUUGUUCAAGCGCUCAAUCUCAACGUUCACAACAACGGAAUUCAUAUCUCCCCUCGUUCAGAAAUUCGAGAAACUGAUUAUAAGUUGAAGAGCGAAAUGGUGCAAACAUCUGUGGACAUUGAAGUCAAAACUCCGAAUGAUUCGCCGGAGAAACUUCUCCCGGAGGAAUGGAUUUAUUAAUGACCAGACCAGGGUGUGCCACACUGCCACUGACCAAUUUUUACAAAUAUUAAUGUGGAUGAGUAGGAAUCAAAUAAAAAGAAAAUGAAAAGAUUCUAAGGUCGAUUCUUGUGUCGUGUCGUGCUUCGUUGCUAUUGGAGAUCAUGGUAGUAAUAAUAUAUCCCCCCCCCCUCGAGUGCAAAUUCCGUAAAGUCAAC